AUAGCCUUUAAAGAAUACAGUUCCUAAUGCAAAUUGUUUUUCUAUAUUAUUCACAUAAUGACUUCUACGAUAUGAGACAACAGAACAAGGAAACACUGAUUAGAAAAUGAGUGGGAGACGUUCAGAAGAAGAGAACUGAAGAGAUAUAGACAACUUAUGUUUUGGAGAAGAAUUUCCACCAUUAAAACAACAUGAAACUAGGAAAUCUUCUGCUGCUGUUUCUGGGGUCCUUGAAUGUGGUGUUCACUCGAGCGCCUUUAACUGCAUUUACUGAAAGAACAGCUGUGGAGGAAGAUCUAGGAAGCGGUCUGUUGGAGGUGGAACAGGAGGAUGAACUGGAGGACACUUACUGGUCCGGGACAGCCCCCCUUUGUUUUGGAGGGUGUAAAGGCAGACACUGGGAGCUCAAGAGAGACAACUGUGGAGAUUCAGACUGCUGCUGGGUGGGAUACAAAUCCUUCUAUAGAGUGAAUUGUGGAAAGCCUGAUGUGGACUUUAAUGGGAUGGUGUAUGGGAGUGAUUGGUGGGUGGGUUCUGUAGUGCGGUACGACUGCAGGCCAGGGUUCGUGUUGGUGGGAGAUCCUGCCCGAGCCUGUCAGUCCAAUGGGAAAUGGACACCCAAACCGUCCUGUCUCAGUAAGUCCUGGUCUGGCUGGACGUUGCACACAAAUGAUGGAAUUACCCAGAAAGUGCACACAAAACUGAGACCUAAUCUGUCUUAAUCUCAUGUACUGUUUGUAUAGUAUAUGAGAGACUGAACACAAACUAAAGUAGUUAUAGUUAGUACU